UUUUAUCUUUUGGGCUAUGAUGGGCCUAUCGUUAGGCUAACUAUUAAACUAGGCUUCAAGGCUUUUAUAUGGGCUUUUAUGCUAAAUAGUCUCUCUCUAUUCGUCAAUGUGUCUCGCAAGAGGUCAAGCUUACUCGAAGAAGCCGGAGAGCCGAUUGACGCGACGCGACAUAGCACGAGGAAUCUUACUUGUUCUCCAAUUCCCUCGUCGCUUAAAGUUUUCGUAAUUGCUCGACAGAUUCAAGGUGAAAGGAUCUAAUUUUGGGGUUGAUUAGAUUGAGAGAUGAAUGAUGAAUCGGUGAAGGUGAGUAAAGAGGAGGAAGAGGAGGAGGAAUAUGUGCUGAUGGAUCUUGAUGAUGUUUCCAGACACAUUGACAUCCCACCAGACGCUCCUUAUACUCUAUCAGGUUUGGAUACUUUGAAUCCCAUAUUGACCAUUGAUGGGAAAAUCAAGCUGGUUGGAGAAUACUUGGAGACAAUUGGUACAUGUCUAGCUUUCUCUGAUAAGGAAGUUGCACCAGCCGAAAACGGGAAACCACACAAGACUGUCGAACCUGUUGCCAAGAUCCACAAGAUUCUUAAGUUUAGGCUAGCAUUAGACAAUGACGAUGGAGAAACAAGAGCAACCACCUUGUAAAAACAACAUCUUUCUAGUUUAUAUAACGUAAUGUUAAGUGAAAGAGAGUGUCUUAAAGUUUUCUGUUGACUUAUUGAAUCAUCAUAAUUAACAAAACAAAAGCGACAUGUGUUGUUAUUUUCUUAAGAAUCCAUCUGUAACUUUCUCUGGCUGUUAAAAAAAGAACCAAAUCAAAUC